CACAUUAUUAAAAAAUACUAAUGAUAAUUAAUUGAUAAUUAUAAAUCACAAAAUAUCAAUGCUGUAAUAUUUAUUCUAUUAACUUGUUCACAAAGAGGGCCAUCAACCACGUUAUAUAUCAAACAAAAGAACCCUAAUAAUACAAAAAGAACCAUACUUGAGGCCUAAAAGGCUAAACAUAAAACUAACACAACUACUCCUCCAAAUCCAGCCAUGGCAGAAGAUGCACCACCAAUACGAUUUGGGAUACUUGGGUGUGCUGAGGUCGCAAGGAAGGUGUCAAGGGCCAUAACCCUCUCCCCCAACACCACCCUCUAUGCCGUCGGAAGCCGCUCUCUCGACAAGGCCACCAAGUUCGCUGCCUCCAACGGCUUCCCACCCCAUGCUAAGGUUUAUGGUUCAUACGAAGGUGUUAUAGAAGACCCUGAAGUUGAUGCUGUGUACGUGCCACUUCCAACAAGCUUGCACGUGCAGUGGGCUGUGCUUGCUGCUCAGAAGAAGAAGCACUUGCUGCUUGAGAAGCCUGUGGCUCUCAACUCCAGUGGGGGCAAGUGCCCCCUGAUGGUGCUUACUGGGUCCGUGCCUGGUGUGAAGCCAGACCUUGAUGCUCUUGGAGCACUUGGUGACACUGGUUGGUAUUGUGUGAGAGCAAUUUUAUGGGCUUCAAAGUAUGAGUUACCUAAAUCAGCAACAGCAUUGCACAAACCCACAUACAAUGAUGCCGGUGUCAUUCUAGCUUGUGCUGCUUCUCUAUCUUGGGAAGAUGACAAAGUAGCAACAUUCUAUUGUUCCUUUCUUACGAAUGUGUCUAUGGAUAUUAUUGUAAUGGGGACAAAAGGGUCAUUGCGCGUUCAUGAUUAUAUUAUCCCUAAUCAAGAGAAAGAGGCCAAGUUUUCAACAAGCUCAAACUCUAAUUGGGUGGAACUUUCUAUAGGUUGGGCUCCAAAUCCAAGUGAUAAUGUAUUUUACAAUGAUCUCCCUCAAGAGGUACAUAUGGUGAAGGAAUUUGCACGCUUGGUAGGGGCAAUUAAGUACAAUAACUCAAAACCGGAGGACACGUGGCCAGUAAUUAGUAGGAAAACACAAUUGGUCAUAGAUGCUGUGAAGACUUCAAUUGACAAUGGCCUUGAGCCUGUUGAAAUUAAGGGUUAACUUUAGUUAAUUUAUUUGAUUGAAGUGGUGGUGUCGUAUAUUAGAUAAGUUAAUUAAUGUCUCAAUAAUUAUGUUGUUAACUUUUCAAUUUCAUCAGGGGGUUUUGUUCUUAGCCGUCUGGCACUAUAUUCAGCUACGUGGCAAUAUCAUCACAGUUAUGUUGUUGACUUGUUGACCUUUCUAUGUGAAAAUAAUGAUGUUGAGUUGUUUUGGCUGUUUGUUCUUCCUGUAAAAAGAAUUUCUAGCUAUUAUGGAAUAAUGAUCUUAGAAAAUAUAUAUGAAAAAUCUUGCA